AUGCCGCUGCGUCCAACUUCCCUCCAUAGGCUGCGCCCGUCGCCGGUUGAGCUGCCGUGCUUCGCCGCCGCCGCCGCGUCCCGGUGGACCCUCCUCCGGUGUCGGGCCGGAUUCCAGCUGCAGCAGCAAAGAGGUCGUCAUGAUGAGGUUGCGCGCAAGAAUCAUUAUGAGCGGCUAGAUGUGCGGCACGAUGCGACGCCCGCCGAGAUUAAAAAGUCCUUCUACUCCCUCUCCAAAACCCACCAUCCCGACGCCAAUCCCACCGACCCAAACGCCUCGCACACCUUCUCCCUCCUCUCCGAGUCCUACACCGUCCUCUCCGACACGGCCCGCCGCGCCGCCUACGACCGCGACGUCCUCCGCGUGCACCACGGCCACCAUCAUGCUCACGGGCAUCACAACCCCCGAGCCUCGUACCACUCCACCAACCCGGCCGGCGGCCGUUCGCCUUCGGGUCUGAGCCGUCGGAGAGGUACCUUCCGUGGUCCUCCGCCUAGCUUCUAUCGCAGCGGAGGGUGGGGGACCCAGGAGGAGAAGCGGCGCAAGGCGCAUGAGGAGUCGACUGGAUUCGGCGGAGGUGGUAGUGGUGCGCCUCACGAACACGGCGGCGCAUCAUCCUCGACGCAGCAUCACCAAAGCCCAUGGGGGAACCCCUUCAACCACCACCAAUCUUCUCACGGUGGUAUGGGCCCUGGUGAUGAUCCAUUCGGACACCAGGAAGAGGUGCCGCACUUUGACAAGGCAGGCCACACGCGGACGCACCGACGGGAGGACCAGCGCCGCAAGGAGAGGCAGAGGCGUGCCGUAGGCGAUGAUGAUAUCGAGUUUGAGCCGCAGGCGAGCAUCACGGGCCACUUCUUCAUCAUCUCUGGUAUCCUAGCCGCCACCAUACUGGCACCGCUCAUCUACAUCCAGUUGAUGAGCGUGGGGCGGCGGAAAAAGAACGGGGAAUACUGA